GUUUAAAGUUUUUUGAUUUGGCUAUUUUUCCAAUCCCCGCCACUGGCCUGUACGUACAGUACAAUUGUCUUGGUAAUUUUUUUUUUUUGUUCAUCCUUGUUUUCCCUUUGAAGCCAAAAAGAACAUAGAAGUAAACACUCCAUCAUGGGAAAAGCACAAAGUAAACUGAGUCCCGAGCAGCUGAGCGAUCUUCAAAAGUGCACUUAUUUUGACAAGAAAGAAUUACAGCAAUGGUACAAGGGAUUCCUGAAGGACUGUCCAUCAGGACAACUCGACAAGACAGAAUUCCAAAAGAUUUAUAAGCAAUUCUUCCCAUUUGGCGAUCCAUCACGCUUUGCAGAUUAUGUCUUCAAUGUCUUUGAUGGCGACAAAAACGGUACCAUCGAUUUCAAAGAGUUCAUCUGCGCAUUAUCCAUCACAAGUCGCGGACGAGUCGACGAGAAAUUAUAUUGGGCAUUUCAACUGUAUGAUAUCGACAACGAUGGCUACAUUACGUAUGAGGAGAUGCUUCGUAUAGUGGAAGCGAUCUACAAAAUGGUGGGCAGUAUGGUCAAGUUACCACCGGAUGAAGCAACGCCCGAAAUGCGUGUCAACAAAUUAUUUGACAUGAUGGAUUUGGACAAGGACGGAAGGUUAAGCAUGGAUGAAUUCAAAGAAGGUUCGAAAAAGGACCCAAGCAUUGUUCAGGCAUUGAAUUUGUAUGAUGGUCUUGUAUAACAGUAAUAUCCCAAUGUCUUUAUUUUUUUUUUUCCUUUUAUCCAUUCCCUCCCUCCACAGACAAACUAUCCAGUCGUUCAAAACACAAAUAUAAAUACUACAGAGUUUUUGACACUCAACAUCUAGCCAUGCUCAG